UGAGCACUCGUCUUUAUAUUAUUUUCAGAGCGCCACCAAAUGAAAAGGAAAUGUGACGAUCCUUCGGGGAAGCCUGCUGUUGGCAACUUACAUUAAUAUAAACCUACAAGUUCUCAGAUCUGUGAGAUUACUGUAUCAUGGCGCAAGGAGCAGGAUCUUCUUCCGUCACCCGCAGAUGGAGCUAUGAUGUGUUUCUUAGCUUUCGGGGGAAAGAUACUCGCCUGAAUUUCGUCGGUCAUCUCUACGAGUCUCUUCGUCAAAUAGGGAUUCGUACCUUCAUUGAUGAUGAAUCCCUUGAUGCAGGCAAACAAAUCCGACCGUCUCUUUUUGAAGCCAUCAAGGAAUCCAGGAUAGCCAUCAUAAUUUUCUCCCAAAACUAUGCAACCUCGACUUUUUGUCUGGAUGAACUUGUCCAGAUUAUUGAGUGUUUCAAAGAAGAAAGUCGGUUGGUUUAUUCUGUGUUUUAUCAUGUGGAUCCAUCGGAUGUGCGACAUCAGAGAGGGAAUUACGGACAAGCUUUGGCUGAUCUACAAAAGAGAUUGGAAGGAAACGAUGAGAAGUUGCAGAAGUGGAGGUGGGCUUUGUCCCAAGCAGCUGACUUGUCAGGCUGGCAUUUUCAACCUGGAAUUACAAAAGAACAGGAGCAUAUUAAGAAGAUUACUCGCAAAGUCUCUGCCGAGAUUAAACCCAAUCAUUUAAAUGUUGCCGAUUAUCCAGUUGGUCUUGGGUUACGGGUGCAAGAAAUAAUCUCACUUUUAAAUCUUUCGUCCAAUAAAGAAUCGGAGAUGGUUGGAAUUUGUGGCAUUGGUGGAAUAGGUAAAUCAACAAUUGCAAGGGCUGUGUAUAAUUCAGUUGCUGAUAAUUUUGAUGGUUUAUGUUUUCUUUCUAAUGUUAGAGAAAUUUCUAACAAGCAUGGCUUGCCCCAACUUCAAGAGAUGUUACUCUAUAAAUUGGUGGGGGAGAAGAAACUCAGAUUGGGUGAUUUCAAUGAAGGAAUUCCAAUAAUAAAAAAUAGGCUCCAAAACAAGAAGAUUCUUUUAAUUCUUGAUGACGUUGAUGAAGUGGAGCAAUUAUGGGCAUUAGCUGCAAGCUGUGAGUGGUUUGGCCUUGGAAGUAGAAUUAUUAUCACGACAAGGGAUAAACAAUUACUAGCAAGUCUUGGAAUUCAAAAAAUUUAUUAUGUCGAGGUACUAAAUGCUGAUGACUCUCUUCAGUUAAUUGAAAGGCAUGCCUUUAAAAACCUUACGGGGGAUAUAGAUCAUUACAAGGAUGUUUUGAAUCGUGCCAUAAAAUAUUCAGGUAGCCUUCCAUUAGCCUUGAUAAUGAUUGGCUCUCACUUAUGUGAUAAAAAAGCUGAUGAUUGGACUUCUGCAUUAAAUGAUUAUGAUGGAAUACGUCAUGAACGCGUUUUUGAAGUCCUUAAAGUAAGCUAUGAUGCUUUAAGCAGAGAACAGCAUAAGGAAAUUUUUCUUGACCUGGCCUGUUUUUUUAACGGUGAGAAGUUGGGAGACGUCAUAAAUAUGUUGAUGAGUUUUCGCGGUGUUGAUCCAACACAUGCUAUUAGUGUGUUGACGGAUAAAUCUCUAAUAAAGAUAGAAAAAGAUCGUGUGACAAUGCAUGACUUGAUUGAAGAUAUGGGUAAAGAAAUUGUUCGCCGACAAUCACCAAAAGAGCCCGGUAAACGUAACAGGUUAUGGCGUUAUGAAGACAUUCUUCAUGUCUUGCAAAAUAACACGGGCACGGAUGAAAUUGAAGUCAUAAUUCUUGACUUACCCAAAGAUAAAGAAAUCCAAUGGAAUGGCAAGGCAUUCGCGAAGAUGAAGAAGCUCAAAGUGCUUGUCAUAAAGAAUGCAAGAUUUUCUAAAAGCAUCAAAUAUCUUCCAAAUAGUCUCUGCGUGUUGGAAUGGAAGGGGUACCCUUUUAAGUCCUUGCCAUCUAAUUUUCAUCCACCAGCACUCGUCCAUCUUGAUUUGUCCAAUAGUUGUGUAGUGCUCCAACCUUUUAAUAAGGCAUUCUACUUUGGAAAUGGGAAAAGAAACUUUGUUUUGCCAGGAAAAAGAAUCCCUCAAUGGCUUGAAUAUUAUAGUCGAGGAAGCUCCAUGUCUUUUUGGAUUCGUGAUAAGUUCCCAAAAGUUGCUCUUUGGUUUCUUGUUGAAAAUGACCAAGUUUAUCCUUACAGAUGUAUAUUCUCAGUGCACAUUAAUGACACCAAGUUAGAUAUUUCUUCAGAGUGGCUUUUACUGUCAACUAUAGUGCCUAAUCAUAUAUACAUAUGUGACAUGGAAAGCAUAAUUAAGAAGGUUGAACUCCGUCAUGCAGAUAGAUGGAAUCAAGUGAAGGUUUCAAUUAAGAGUAAUACACGAGAAGUAAUAAUGGACAAGGAAAUUUUCAUGGCAGUUCAUGCAUAUAGGCAACAAAAUGACUUUGAAGAUAUCCAAUUCAGGGACCCGAGAAUAUACCUUGGCUGCAACUCAUGGCAAAAAGUACAACAAUCACCUCAAGAUUGGGAAGAACUUGAAGAUGAAAUGAAUGAGGAUUCAAAUUCAACAAAAGUCGCAGAUUCAAUCCAAAAAAUCACACCUUAUCAAGAAGCAGAACCCAUGACUACUAAGCUUACGGGUGGAACAUUUGAUUGGCCGGUGCAAGGAGCAAAAACCUCUUCUGUCGCCCGCUUGUGGACUUUUGAUGUGUAUGUUAGCUUUCGAGGUGCAGAUACUCGCUUUGGUUUCAUUGCUCAUCUUUACGAAUCUCUUCGUCAAAGCGGGAUUCGUCCCUUCAUUGAUGACAAAUACCUCCCCGCAAGUGAAGAAAUCAAACCAUCUCUUUCCAAAGCCAUCAAGGAAUCUAGGAUGGCCAUAAUAGUUUUCUCCAAAACCUAUGCAGCCUCAACCAUCUGUCUGGAUGAACUUGCCCAGAUUAUUGAGUAUUUCAAAGAAGAAAAUCGGCGGGUAUAUUCAGUGUUUUAUGAUGUGGAUCCAUCAGAGGUGCGGCAUCAGACAGGGCGCUAUGGACAAGAUCUUGCUAAUUUGCAAAACAGAUUGGGAAUAAAUGAUGAGAGGUUACAGAAAUGGAGGAGGGCUUUGUCUCAAGCAGCUGACUUAUCAGGCUGGCGUUAUCAACCUGGGUCAAGAAAGAGUACAAUAGAAAAUCCUAUGCUGGAGAAUUAA